AUGUCUCCUAAUACUUCCACACCAAGAAGAUCGCCAGGAUCACCAGGCUAUCACCAGGCUACAAAUUCAAUUUCGCAGUCAAAGCAACAGUUGACCCGUUCUAUGCCCAGAGUUUCUCAACGUAAUUCGACGUCCCCUUCACCCCAAACAAUGGUUUCUACAUCGCGUCCCGGUAGCCAAGUUGCUACAAGUCAUCCCAGUCACGCAGGCUCGCGGCAAUCUAGCUCCUCUGGAGGACUGGUAAGCCUGCCCGGUGCUGGCACGUCUGCGCUUCUGGGUGAUGAGUUUAAUUUCGACAUUGAUCCAGCGCUGCUAGCCAAUCUUCCUGAGUUCGACGAAUCUUUCCUCGAUGAGUUUUUAGCGGCAGAUACUCUCGAGUCAAAGGUUACUGCACCAGACCCUAUGCCUGCUAGCGAUGCAGUGUAUGCUGAGGACAUUGACAGCAACGAUCAAUUCUUUUUACAAGGUUCUCAGCAAGGCCUUGGAAUAGAUCCAGUACCUAUCAACAGCUUCCAGCAAGAUCAUCAACCCCCGUUUUACACAGCCCCCACAGGCUUCAAAUGGGACGCCGAUCUUGGCUGGGAUUCUCAACAUAACAACUUCUAUACGGAUCAGACUCAGCCCUCAACAGGCUUAUCUGCACUUCCUGGAGAUACAUAUUUCCACCCUCAGCCAUCUGUGGGUUAUCAACAGCAUGCUUACCCUCAAGAUACUCAUCACGGUCACCCAACUCAAUCAUACUAUAUCCCGCCUAUUCCUGUCAUUGAGCAGACUGGAUAUACGCCACAUGAAUACACAGCACCUCUCGCGCCACAACAAGCGCAGUUUGACUUUCUCUUUUCCCCUCGGUAUUCCAGUGCCGAGGAAUUACAGACACGUCAGUCAAAGCGUAAACGGGACGGGUUAGACUCGAGCUUCGAGGAGGACGCACCCAUCAUCAAGCGUCAUCGUGAAACUCAGUCUGAAGUUCCACGCAACGACGAGACUCAGCCACGUUCAUCACGAUCAGACGAAUCUCGUCACCAAUCGGUCGUCUCUGAUAGCAGUUCGUUCGGUAGACCAGUCAAGGUGAAGCCUGUCCGCGCCGGUCAAAAGCCAAAGAAGCAUGAGGACAAAACUUGGGUUCGCAUCAACACCACCACCAAAGGUGAAACCACUCGUACGGCUCGCAUUAAUGCAUUUGCGGAUGUCGGCAAAAAGUAUAAGUAUCACCCGUUACCUGUUGGCGACUGGCAAUCGUCUUCUGGCUUCAAGUUCGAAUACACGCAUCAUUUUGAGAUGGACGAGUUCAAGAAACAGUCUUUGUCUGCCCGUCAAAUUCAUGAGUACAUUACAGAAUAUCCCAGCGACAAUCUGCGCAUCUGGAUUCAGAUCACUCCGGGUGACUCUGCGCGUCGGUAUGCCUCUGAGCCUCACAGCCGCUGUAUCUUUGAACAAUGUCCUAAUCGUAAGUGGGGCGGCAAAGCUACUAUUGAAGUUGGCAGCUACCGCGUGGCAUUCGACGAAAAGCACAAGAAAUAUGGCAAGGGUGUUUGCGAUCCAUUCGACUGUGUUGGUUUUGCACAUUUGUAUUGCAUGGAGCGCUUCUUAGACUUUGCAGGCAUUUGUGAGAUUGCCGAUGUCAAGGUGGACGAUCGUUCUGGCCUACGAAAGGAACCCAAGGCCAUUGCAGCCUUUACAUUCCUUAACAAUAAGCACGUCUAUGACAAGCUCAUUGCUGAGAAAUUUAUCAGGGCUGCUCAAGCUGGUGCCCUUCAGCGCACUCCCGAGUUCCGCGACUACCCUAAUCACUGUGAUUAUUCUCGGGGUCAGCCAAAGCCACAUGCCAACACGCUGGUCGCUGCAUUAUACGAAACCAAUCUGAGCCAUCGCACGCGAUCUCAGAUUAAGCAAUUCGUAAAUCGUAAAAUCUUGCCGGGCGUAUUCCCUAUUCACCGUGGUGAUCAAGAAAUGGCCAACAUUGACAAGAUGGUUGCGGGUCUCCCAAUCUACCAAGCCAAUGUGGAAGCUGGUAUCCACAAAGCUAGUGACCUGUCUCGUUAUUAUGAUCAGUUCUUCCCUCAAGUCAACGAACGCAUCAAGGACUGUCUGGCACUGCGGGUUAAGUUCCAGCGAGAAGAUGAAGAGGGCACCGCUCGCACUCGUGGAGGUUCUGCCAAACGUCGCAUUCCUCCAGUCGAGGACUUGGAAGAAGAGUCCGGGUACCUUCAACAUAUGGAUAAUGCUGAAAAAGAUGUUGAAGAAACAGGUAGCUAUCCCCUCCGCCGGCCAAGUGCUGGUUCACAUUCCAGCCCCCGCAAAAAGCAACGCUUGGAAUACAACACAGAACCCCUUAGCCAAGAGCAACACGACAUCUUCUCCCGGAUCCCUCAGCUACUGCCUCAAUACAACGGCUAUGUCCAGCAACAGCAACAGCAAAAGCCUGUACCAUCACCUGUCAAGGCGCCCGGCCACUUCACUACACAACAAGACCGUCUCUCUCCAACCGUCAGCCAUACCGAAAUCAACGCCGGAUCCACCGCCUCAUCACCCAAUACCGCACGUAACAGCAGCUGCACGCAGUUUUUCGUCGAGAACCCAGAUGUCGUGUCCUUCGACUUCAGCACACUCGACCAGCUCUCCCCCAGCGGUACGGGUACGUAUGCCGACCACGACAUCGACCAGAUCCUGGAUCUUAUGCGACGCAAAUCCAGCACCCUGUCUAAUGGCCCUUGUCCCUAUCCCUCCAUAAUGAAGUCCCCCAGCCAAAAACAGGCCGUCAAGGCGCGUAGGAGCUCCAUGGCUACCCGCUCAACCGCACGUACAGCGUCUUUCAAUGCCCAGCCUGUAACGUCGAGCAAGGAGUUCAAAUCAAACGAUCCGCCGAGCCGUGUUACUGCUUCUGUUGGAGGUCCGGAGGAACAACGGACUGGCCGACGUAGUAAGCGGAUUGCCUCAAAAAUUGGCCGGUUUUCCUUCAAGAAAAAGUGUUUGAAGACUGUUGCGUUCCUGAUUUACUUUUCCACGCGUUCGCGCGAGUAA